CAGACGGACAGACAAGUUGACUCAAACGAUGGCGCCCCCGCAAUUAAAGCUGUACGUCGAUACCGUGAGCCCGUUCGCGUACGAGGCGUAUUAUAUCCUGCGGAACGAUCCGGUGUUUGCGCGCUGCGAGAUUACAUAUGUGCCUAUAUUUCUGGGGGGCGUGAUGAAGGCUUGUGGGAAUACGCCGCCUAUUAGGAUUAAGAAUAAAGAUAAAUGGAUUGACAUCGAGCGGCUUCGCUGGGCGCGGCUCUUCAAUAUCCCGAUGGCGACCAAGACGCCCGAUGGGUUUCCGCCGUUGACGUUGUCGGUGAUGCGGGCGCUGUGCGCGCUGACGGCGUUGCGGCCCGAGGAGGAGGAGCAGGGUCAGAAGAGCUUGGUUGCGUGUCUGGAUGCGCUGUAUCGCGCGUACUGGGUGGAGGGCAGGCAGACGCAUGAGCGGGAGGUGCUGGGUGCGGUGCUGACGGAGGUGUUGGGGGCUGCGGAGGCGGAGAAGGAUUGCAUAGUUCUCGAAGCGGCAGGCCGCGAGGGCAAAGAGGUGUUGGCACGGAACACGGACCAGGCAUUGGCGGAUGGAGCGUUCGGCUUGCCGUGGUUCGUGGCGACGAAUGCGAAGGGUGAGAAGGAGACGUUCUGGGGCGUGGAUCACCUCGCGCAGGUCACGGAGCAUCUGGGGCUGGGGAAGCCGGGGACGGGCGGGUGGAAGGCCGUGUUGUAG